AUGGAUUAAUCUAGUGCAAUUAGGGUUCCAAUAGAUAUUUUGAGUAAUGUACCUAAAGAAUUAUUUCAGAAGUAUUUCAAUUAUAUGUUUAUAGAGUGAUUUUGCUAAAUAUAAUUAAUGGAACUACAUAAGAAUUUGAUAUUAAUAAUGGCCUUGUAUUAAAAUAAUCUACUCUAACUUAAUUGAAUUAGUCAAUGAUUAAAGAUAUUAAUUUGAUUUAUGACUAAGAUAAAAUUUUGAGUUUAAUCUAUCCUACGUAUUUGAAAAAUUUAUAUUAGAUAACUAGAUAACCAGAGUAUGAUAAUGGUUGUAAAUUUGUCUGAUGAUGGAAUUUAUGAAAAAAUUGAUUAAAAAGAAUUAAUAAGAGGUGAAAAGUAUUAUGUUGGAUUGCCUUCAGGAGUUAAUAAAUAAUUAAUUGAGAUAUAAUAAGAUGAAAUUGUCAUAAACUCUCAAUCUUUUAUUAUAAAAGAAGGAAUGCUAAUUGUUUUUGUUAAAAAAGUCCAAGACAAUUAAUUUUAGUAAAUAUAGAUGUUAAAUCCAAAUGAGUGUUCAUCUCGUAAACAUGCUCAUAUUAAAGUUUAAAAUGGAAGAAUAUUUUUGUAUGAUGGGCAUGAUAAAUAAGUUUCAAAGAAUGGAGUCUGGGUUUUAAUUAAACAUUAAAAAUUCUAGAAUCAAAAUCGAUAUUGUUUUAAAGAUUUUAGAUUGGCGAUAAGAUUAAAGUAUUGA